CUCGUAAUAUCAUUCGCAUGUUAAAGAGGUAGAAAUCUACACAGAAGAAUAUAACGACUAGUAUAGGAAAAUUUGAAGUCAACAGUUUAUAUUACAUAACAUUAGAGCAAAGAAAAUUUCCUCCUAUCUGUAAAACGCUCUUAAGACAUUACUAUGGCGAUGAAUUUCUUAUCUGAGGGAACAAUUACUGUAAGAAGAUUGGGAAGUAACGGGGUAAAAUUAAAAAGAUUGGAAAGCAAGCUCGAAAUAAAGGAUGCAAAUGUUGCAAUGAAGAGGAAACGCAUGACUGAGGAGAUGAAACCCAAUAAAAGAGGGAGAUAUGAAAAGUUCCCCAAAACAAAGCAAACCUUUGUUUCCUUCGACUUUGGACCCGUGGAGCUAAACUGUCAUCGUUUCGUGUCUACAAGACUACAGUGCAUUUUAGAUUCCGGUGAUCUGGAUUGUCAACUUGAAUAUGGAAAAGAAUUGUUGCUAAUUCAUCACUCAGGCAUUUCUGCAGGAGAUAUCUGUGAGAGACAGUUUGGGUCGCAACCAUUAUGUGUAGAAUAUCAAAAAGAUGGAGCUGUUCCGAAGAAUACAGUUGUAAUGUGUUAUGUAGAAGAAAAUCUAGAAACGUAUGAGCUUUCAAGAGAACUGAUGGCGCACUUGUCAAGGUCGGUAGAGAGAAGUCAUCUAUUCUUUUUAAGCGCUGAAAAAGGGUCGACGUCAAUAGAGAGGUUUCUGGAGAAGAACAAACUGAAAGUGUCCCCAAAUCAAAUUAUCACUCGGAAAGCUCAAAUGUCACGGGUAUAUCAGAAGAUGUACGAAGAUUUGGAGAGAAAUGUUAAGGACGUAAGGAAAACAAUAGAUGCCCUACCACAGGAAAGCGAAAUACACCCAAUCAGAAAAAAACUGGCAUAUGUUGAAAAGAAGCUAAAAGAACGGAAGAAGCCAAGACGUCUCUCGGAAAACUGUAAAAGGAAACUAAAGAGUGCUCUGGAAAUCGGAGUUAUUGCAUAUAGAGCAGAUAGUGAAAGUCUUACCGUCUAUAUCAACCAGCCACGGACAAGAUCACUCGAUGCAAAGCUAAGCGACAUAGAGAAAACCUGUUCACCCUUGGUUUUUCGAUGUUGUAGAGUCCAAACACCGAUUUACAGACCACAUUCCUUGCGGGCUGGCUGUCGGAUAGAAAAUGGGGAUAUAGGUGUAUUAGGAUCGAUUGGGAUGUUUGCAAAGACAAUUCUUAAAAAUGCAGAAAAGGAUGUGGCUAUCACGUCUGCACAUGUCAUAUGUGAAGGCUGCAGUGCAAGAACACAGUUAGAUGGCAGCGACAAAGAAAUAGGUAAAUGCAUAUGGCCACCAAAACCUACCGGCGACUCCCUAAAAGCCAAUGUCCUGGAUAUGGCUGUUAUCGAAAUGAGGUCGGGCAUGGCUGAAAAUAUAUUAACUUCAGAAAACAUUUCUAUUUAUACUGGUCACAAAAGCGAACUAGAAUUCCAAAGGGUUUACAAACGAGGAUGGAAAACGGGUGAAACGCACGGCGAUAUCGAUAUCCCGCAAUUCAACAUGUUUGGUAAAACGGUAAUGGUGAUUACAACAGGAGAUGGGGGAAGUUUUUCUGAACCUGGUGACAGUGGUGCCCUUGUACUCACUAAGAAAGGAACACAUCUCCAUGCACUUGGAUUGAUAUUUGGAGGCGAUUUGAAAUUUCGAGAUAGCGAUGACGAUUUUCCGGCCAAUGCUUCGAUAGCAAUAUACCUUGAUGACGCAAUCACCAGGUUUGAAGAGGAAAGUAAGAGAGGGAAGAUUAAAAUUCAGCGAUAUUAAUAUGUUAAUGAUGGAAUUGUCCAUAAAUAUAUCUGCACGAUAUCGAUAACCUUUAUUUCCAUUUUCAUUGAUGUAUUAUGAAGGGGCGUUUAGUGUCAAUUUUCAGAAAUCAAAUACAAUGAAAAACGCCCUACAGUAGUAUAGAGUGAGGGUUUUUAGACAACAUUAAACAUCAAAGAGCAAAGAGCAAAAAUAAAAAUCAAUAAGUACUACUGCUGGUCAGUGAGAAAAAAAUCAAUAUAAUAGGUGGUUAAGAAUAAUAGAUGACUUAUUGAUUCGGAUAAAGAGAUCGACAAGAGAUGAAAAUAAUAUUAUCGGUCAGUUUAUGAAUAAUAAAUGAAUUAUUGAUAGAAAACUUCUAAGGAUAAAAACAAGAUAUUUUCGAUUUAUGAAAGAUACGGAGAGUAGCUCGGAGUGUGCAAUGUCCGUGAGAUUUCAAUACGGGGAUUUGUUAGACGUUAAAGAUGUAUACCUUAUUUGUC